AUGUCUUCAACCAUAGAGACCCCCCCGAAAUUCAAAAGCCUCCUGGAGCUCCUCCCUGGAAAUCUUCCCCAGGCCAAUGUACCUCCGAACACCAACUUGGAGUCAGUUGCGGAUCAUGUUCUCAAGUCGUUCCCCCAUAUCGAUAAACGCCAUUUCACAACAGACGCCAUCUGGCGUGACACAUAUGCCUUGACAGGAACUAUACGUACAUUCUACUUUGAAGCUGCGGCAGAAGAAUGGUCUGCUCUUAGCAAUACCCACGGUGUCUCCUCUGUUUCUCUUGUGCCUGGCUCUGCAAAGAUUCUGAGUCCCGAGGGAGGUAUUGAAUGGAUCGAUUGCAAGUUCACCUUCCAUACAACCACUCCUGCCACUGAAUGUUCAGGCAUGCUCUCGCUCGUUCCAUCCUCAGAUGGUUCAUGGAAGAUCUGGAUUCUUCGUACUAUUCUUGAGCAGCUUAGCAACCACGGGAAUGUAGAUUCAAUGGAAACUGCUGAUAUCUUAUUUAACGGUAACUGCGCAAUUGAAAACGAAUCCUAUUCAAUUGGUACAUCCAAUCGAAAUGAUUCGCUCAAGGGACUCCCCAAUGGCACUACUGCAGACCAAAGCCCUCGUCACUUUGACGCUGUAAUCAUUGGGGGUGGACAGAGUGGUCUUAGUACUGGCGGGCGUUUGCAAGCUCUCGGAGUAUCCUAUGUUAUAAUUGAAAAAAACGCUCAGGUUGGUGAUGCCUGGGGCUUGAGAUAUGAGUCAGCACGUUUGCAUACUGUUCGCGAAUAUUCCCACUUGCCUUUUGAUAGGACCUUUGGAUCCGAUUAUGGCGAGUACCUGGGGAAAGAUGAGCUAGCCAGAGGGCACAAGAAGUGGGCAGAGAAAUAUGGCAUCGAUAUCUGGCUCUCAACAAACGUGACAUCAGGCUCCUGGAACGACGACACAAGAACCUAUACUCUUGAUAUCGUGAAGGAAGGGCGUUCUAUGCAAAUUAUAACCCGACAUGUCGUAAUAGCAACAGGUGCAGGGUCUCAGACCCCUGUAUUUCCGAAUAUCUCCAACAAAGAUUCGUUUAAGGGAACUUUAUUACAUUCUGCCGACUACUCAAAUGCACAAGCCUGGGCCGGAAAGACUGGCAUUGUGAUUGGCACCGCGAAUACAGCACACGAUGUUGCCGAUGAUAUGUACGAAGCCGGUAUGAAAGUGACGAUGGUUCAGAGGAGUCGCACCUUCGUUCUUCCAGCCGAGUUCAUUAAGGAGCGUUAUGAUCUUAUAUAUAAUGCCCAAAUUCCCACAGAAGUCAGUGACAGAGCCAUGUUUACACCGCCAGUAUCAAUCGCCCGUCUGCUUUCUUUCAAGACAUUCCAUGCCAUGGCCCGGUCACAACCAGAGAGAUACGAGGCCCUCGAGCGCGCUGGCUUUCGGGUUGAUCCUUUUGGAGAUAUUCAAGAUGCAAUUAAUAUCCGUUUAGGUGGACAUUACAUUGAUGUCGGGACAUCCGCCAAGAUCGGAAAAGGCCUGAUCAAGGUUAAAUCUGAUGCCGCAGCUGAACGGUAUACGGAACAUGGCCUGGCCUUCUCAGAUGGGACCGAAAUCAAGGCCGAUGUAAUUAUGCUUGCGACUGGCUUCGUCGGUAACCUUCGACAGCACGUAGACAAGAUCUUUGGCUCAGCCAUUGCAAAGAGAGCCAGAGAUUGUUACGGGUUAGAUAGUAAAGGCGAGGUUCUUGGCGCAUAUAAACUAUUGGAACAACCCGGGCUAUGGUAUAUCGGCGGCUCUCUUGGAACGGCAAGAUACUUUUCUCGGUUCAUUGCACUGUCCAUUAAAGCUGAUGUUCUGGGACAGACUUUGCCUGUUUACCGAGAUCACAAGUUUAAUAUUAAGUAA